AUGUCUGCAUCAAGUUUUGCCACUGUGCGCUACCUACAACAUCACAUGAAGAGUAUGAAGAUGAGAGGCAAUUCUUUCUCCUCUCCUCGUCUACGGAGUCAGAUGAGAGUAACCAUCACCGGCAUCACACAGGGUCUGCUCUAUUUCGCGACCAUGCUGUGGAUUUUAAUCAGGGGCCUUUUUAUCUUUUAUUCCUCUGACCAGUUUGAUCAGAAUGACUACAUUGUGUACACUGUAAUUACGCUGUAUUCUUUUGGAACUGCAGUGAAUCUUGGUGUUGUUCUGGAUGAUUUACUACCCCCUCUAAAACUUCACUACUCUGCCUAUGCGCUGAUGGGUUUUUUGGCUGCAGUCAGCAUGACGUCCAGUGUUUGGCUGAAUGUGUUCUACUACAGUCAGAUUGUUCCUGCCCAUCGCUCUUUCUUCAUCUGGAUGAAAAAGAACAUCAAAAUGGUUAUUUUCUGUGCUUUAGUUAUCAACAAAAUUUACUUCUUCUUUAAUGUGGUUACAGACUCAUUUGCAGUGUCCAUCAUACAAAAUAUUCAGGGUAUGGACAUAAAUGCCACAGACAUAAACCUAGAAGCCAGCCUCAGGCAACUGGAUGCUCUGAUAGUGAUAUCACGUGUAAAGUUGUGGUUGGAUUUUAUCUAUAUCUUUCUUAGUCUAUGUGUAAUGUCUGCAUCAAGUUUUGCCACUGUGCGCUACCUACAACAUCACAUGAAGAGCAUGAAGAUGAGAGGCAAUUCUUUCUCCUCUCCUCGUCUACGGAGUCAGAUGAGAGUAACCAUCACCGGCAUCACACAGGGUCUGCUCUAUUUCGCGACCAUGCUGUGGAUUUUAAUCAGGGGCCUUUUUAUCUUUUAUUCCUCUGACCAGUUUGAUCAGAAUGACUACAUUGUGUACACUGUAAUUACGCUGUAUUCUUUUGGAACUGCAGUGAAUCUUGGUGUUGGUCAGUCACUCUUCAGACAAAGAGCAAAUGCUUUUUGGUGCAAAACUGUGCAGGCUUUUCAGUUAUUAUGCCCAUAG